AUGGCAGCCAAAGAGACAAAAACAUCAUUAUCAGCCUUUGCUUGGAGAGUCCUGGAACCAGGUGCAUCUCUCUCGGGGUGGACUAGGGAUGCAGAACUCGAUGGCAGUGAUGAUCAGUGUCAAGCCCAGACCUCAUAUUUCCUAGGUAUUGUUGCAGCUGGCGGCCAGCGCAGAAGCAGCAGCAGCAGAGGCGGAGGCACCGGUGCCUCUCUCUCUCCUCCCCUUCAGCCUGAGCCAGGGGAGGGCAGGCGCCCGGGUGGCUGGAGGCGGUUCCGUUGCCCAAGAAUUGGAAUUCUCUUCACCAGGAAAUGGAGACUGUUCGAUCACCAGGGGCACAAAGUUAUCAUUCUUGGGCUGGAUAAUGCAGGGAAAACUACCAUCCUUUACCAAUUUUCUAUGAAUGAAGUUGUACAUGCAUCACCUACAAUUGGAAGUAAUGUAGAAGAAAUAGUGAUUAAUCAUACGUGUUUCUUAAUGUGGGAUAUUGGUGGACAAGAAUCUCUUCGUUCUCCCUGGAACACAUACUAUACUAACACAGAGUUUGUAAUUGUUGUUGUGGACAGACAAAGAAUUUCUGUAACUAGAGAAGAACUCUAUAAAAUGUUAGCCCACGAGGACCUAAGGAAAGCUGGAUUGCUGAUUUUUGCUAGUAAACAAGAUAUUAAAGAAUGCAUGACUGUAGCAGAAAUCUCCCAGUUUUUGAAAUUAACUUCUAUUAAAGAUCACCAGUGGCAUAUCCAAGCAUUCUAUGCUCUUACUGGAGAGGGAUUAUGCCAAGGACUUGAAUGGAUGAUGUCACGAUUUAAGAUUAGAUGAUCUCUACUGACCUCUUCUCAUAGACUUUGUAUAAACGAAGUGCUGGACUUUAUCUGAAAGCUGCAAAAAUUAAUGGUUUAGAUAUAUUUAUAAUAAACUGACUUAAACUUUUUCUAUAAGAAGAAAAAUUAAGACCACUUAUUUGAGAACAAAGAUGAAGUCUCACUUUCCAAUCUGCUUUCUCAUUAGUCCCUUCCAAAGCAAGGUCUUUAAAGCUGU